UAUUAAUCCGGUUCAAAAUACACAGUCUGUAUGCACUUUUAGAUAUUUUAAAUAGGAUUUUCGUCGUUCUUCAUACAACAUUUUUUUUUUCGCUCGCUCUCUAUAUUCAACACGAACAUUUCAAUCUAUACUUCACCUGUCAAAAUGCUUGGUCGCCUUUUUGUCUUUCAUAUACUGUACUAACCACUCUUUUUUGUGUAUGUAAACCAACGACAAAAAAAAUCGAAGGAUAAAGGAAUUUAAUCGAUAACAAAUCAUGAUUUAUAUGAGUGCAGAUGACAUGCAGUUUGAUCAAACGGAAGUUUGUACUGACACCAAACCAUCGGUGGGACUGAACAAUAUCCGUCACAAUCAUACGCAUUCCACCACACAUAACCAUGGCCAUAACCAUUUGCAUGGCGUCUUGAUCGGUACCAUGCAAUCCUAUGGAAACAAUUUAAUCGAAUCAUUUAAAACAGAACCAAUGUGUCAAGUGCAAUGUAUGGAUUGCCAAAAGUAUUUCAACAAUGAAGAGCAAUUGACCGCUCAUCGGAUGGUUCAUCAUACCCAGACAAAUAACACAACGUCGGUCACAUCAGCUGCAACGAACGAAAAAGUUUAUGAAUGCGGCAUCUGUAUGAAAACAUUCAGCAAACACAGCAGCUGGUGGAAACAUAAAAAAUGUCAUACCGGCGAACGGAAUUACAAAUGCUAUAUUUGCGAAAAAUCAUUUACACAACAAGCUAAUUUGCAUCGGCAUAUGUAUGUUCAUUCCGGCGAAAAGCCACAUUCAUGUAAGAUUUGUAAUAAAUCCUUCUCACAAGCGGCCAAUCUUGUAAAACAUCAAGUCAUUCACACCAAUGAAAAACCGUUCCAAUGCAAGCUGUGUCCGAAACAAUUCACACAGCGCGCCAAUUUAAAAAAACACGAAAUGGUGCAUACAGGUGAACGGCCGUAUUCGUGCCCGAUAUGCAAGAAGGCUUACGCUCAAUAUGCAAAUAUGAAAAAGCAUAUGCCGGUGCAUGCAAAGUCAAAGCAAUCGGUUGCAUAUUUGUGCGCGAAAUGCAAAAUUUUAUUCGAUACAAUAACAAUCUACGACGAACACUUGGAAAAUUGCAAAAACAAUCCCGACAACUAUAAUUAUGAUGAAGUAUUGGACAAACUCACUGAUUCAACUUUAACCGAUCCAAAAGAAAUAGUUGGUCGAUCAACAUCGUCGUCACUAAGUUCAAAUCAAAUUGCAUCAAUUAUUGUGGUAACCGCUGCAAUGACACCUACAUCGAUGACACCGUCAAUAAAUGUGGCUGGCACACGAUCGACAGUUGUAGGAAAUACGGUGACAUCGAAUGCAAUGUCCAACAUGAACCCAAAUGUGUCGGCAACUUCAUUAACAACCAUAUCGAAUGUAACCGGUUUGGCCACCAUUGCAAUGCCAGCCAGUAAUUUAAAAGUGAUUAAAUAUCCGCGUCACACAUAUCACAUGUGAAAAUACGCUAAUUCAUCAAUGACCCUAUCGACUUUUGGUCGCAAGACAAAAGGCACGAAAGCAACAAAGUGUGCCCGAACAAAAAAAAGCGUAAACAUGCAAUUCAAUUGAGUUUGAAUUUGUGGUGUAUUUUAUAAGGUUAAGCCAUCCGCAGUAAAACAAUAUAGAUAUACAUGUAUAUCAAUACAUUCGUGUGUUAAUUCCCAAUACCAUCAUCCCAUAUUAUGAAAAUCCAAUUAUAACAAAGCGAUAUUUCAUUGGUAGGCAGCUCAAAUUAUUGAUGAAUGAGCUGAUGGGAUGUACGCAAUCAUUUCGAUUCAAAUCGAUUGGAUAUUGCAAGACAAAUAAUAUUUUAAAAAAAUCAAGUGUCGUAAAUAUAUCGAAUGAAAAAUAUGAACUCCAUUACCAUAACGUAUGUGUUUUAAAUGAUACUUGAACAUUGAAAAUCGAAAAUCAAAAUGAAAUUAAGAGAACGGUGAUAUACAAGGUGUGGCAUGAAUUAGUUUACAUUGGCACGAAUAGCACUAUCACCUCGAACCAAAUUACACUCACUUCCAAAUGAGGCAUUUUUAUUUGCGCGUUCGGUACAUUUUCUUCUUUGAACAAAAAAAUUAAUCGGCCAACCGCCUCCCCCUUUCAUCCCCACCUUGUAAAUAUAAUGAUUAUAUACUUACAAAUUAAGCCAUUUUGUAUAUGUAAGAUGACAAAAAAAUAUGUGAUUAUUUUAUCACGAUUUCUACGAUAGAUCGUUGAAAGGAGUAAUGAUAGAUGCUUUUAUAGAAAAACACAUGGAAUAAAAUAUUGAGUGUUAUCAAUAAAAUAAUUGUAAAGUUUAAGAUUAACAAUAUCGAAUUACCAGGAGAAAAAUUACGAUAGAUUUAAACAGAAAAAAAAGCAAAUAAGCCAAUAAAAAAUAAA